CCGCCUCCUCCCAACACUGCGCACUCACCCCCGCCCCCCUCUACCACCAUCCUUUAACCGCCUCUUUUCCCAUCUCCGAUCCCCAGCUCAGCCCUGCACUGCGCCAUCAAAAGAGUCGAGAGGACCGACCUAUGCCCCUCCAGGAAAGCCCAGGCAGCAACACACGGUGCACCCAACUGAGGGGAAUUAUAUUCAACUACUUAAACUCGGAACAGUGUAAGCAGUGUCAACAAGGCAUCAUGCCGGGUCCCAAGCGUCCAAAGAUCGUCGACAGCUCCUGCGACACUGCCAAAUCGACAGGAUUCCAAAAGGUGACUCGACCGUCAUCGCAGAACCCGAGGCGGCGCAGACCGGGAACAGUCAAGGAUGAAAUCCAACUAGCCUCCAGCCUGGCGCUCGCCCCGCGGGUCACUGCCGCCUGGGAGGACGCGGCCCCGCGGUCUCCCACGCCCCCUCUCCGAGGGGGCCCGGGCGCCGCGUCACGUGCCGGGGCUGAAACUUCGCAGCCGGGGCGGCGGGCGGCGCGGGGGGUGAGCCACCGGAGCGCAGCGAAGCCGGGAGUUCACGCGCCGGGUGAUUCACCCGCUGCCUCCGCGGGCAGCUGCGGGCGAGGGGGCCGGAGUGCUCGGCCCAGGCCAUGCCCUCGGGGCCGCCCCCUCCCCUGCCCCCGCGACUGUUAUUAAUAACCCCGCGCCUGCCAGGCGAAACCCUGGGCGGACGCCCGAGGGCUCAGCAGCGCACCCUGCACGCGGAAUAAAUAACAAUGUCAUUAAAUCGCGGCCCCAGAGCCCGGCCGGCCGCAGAGCAAGCGCCGCCGGGAGCUGACUUUGUCUGAAGCCCGUACCCCGCCUCCCGCGCGUCCUCGCAGCGUCCCCCGCGUCCCUGAGGAGUACCCGGCGCCGCCGCAGCCCGGCCUUACCCGCCAG